CACUUACCCAAGCGAUAAGAUGGCAUGUUAAAAACAAGCGACGCGGCUGUUUUUCUUUGAUCCGCGGUGCGAAAGAAGCGCUAAAAGGUCGCGAUAUUAUUCAAGAAUGCCAGACUUUAGAACGAUAACUAAUGGUGAUAUUGAAACCUAUUAGUGUAUCAUGGAAACAGAAGAGAAGCAGGGGGAAGGAAAUGUGCAAGAGGGAAAGAGAUGGAGGUUGAAGGGAGAGAAAAGAAAACCGACAAAAGAGAGAGCAACGGAACACGCCACCGACCAAACCCGCAGCUCUCUUUACAGUUGUCUCAGGCCAACUCCUCUUUAUUCCCCUGGAUUUCAUUAUUUAAUUCUUCUUGGUUCUAUUUGGUCAGGUUUCUCGUCUUGCGAACAAGGCGUCACAACGUGCUGACCUUCAUUUUCUGGUUUGGAGCCUUUUCUGCCUGUUACUCCAGUUUAUGGUUGCGAAAAGUAUAUACAGUCGGCGGGUUCAUUCCAACACAUAUGCCUCUAAAACUGCACGAAUUACCCAGCAUUGCUCAAGAAAUUUACUGAGGACAGCUUAUAGAAUUAUAAUACCGUUCAUAUCCCAGUAACUGCUGAUUUUGUUUCCUCCCUAUAUUCCAAGCGACAGCUGCAGUGCUGAUAAG